UUAAUAAGGGCAUCAGAGCUAGUGAAAUGCAGUAUUCAUAGGCUAUGCCGAUAUCUAAUGUUGCCAAUUGGUUAUUAAAUGGAUAAACGAGUAAAUUGCAAAAACUUCUAAGGUUCCAUGCCGCUAAAAACAAAGCGAAAGAGUACCAAUAGAAAGAUAUCAUAUUUCUUCGUCAUAAAGAUAAAACCCGUUAAAUAAAAAAAGAACAACAACCCAGAAGAACAAAAAACAAGCCAUAAUCGUAACACAUUAUGGACUACUACACAGGUGUCUAAAUACUACCGUAACAACAAGUGCGAUAAUAACAUCCAAUAAGACAAAAAUCAAGCCGAGUUCGGUGUUCGAAGGGUACAAUAAUUGCUCGUGUUUAUCGUAUCACCAUUAGAUAUUGAAUUCCUCACGAUAACUCUGACGUGCGCCAUUCCCUAAAGUCCCCCGUGCUCAUAUUUUAAGAGCGUUGCGCGAUUUAAACCUUCAUUUGGGUAGUUCCAGUGACGGCUGAAAGACGUGGUCGAUCUUAACAAUCCACCGAAUCGUCUAGAAGUGUCAGUGCUGUGUAGUGUUGAAAUACUCAAAGGAUAAGCAUCAGUAUAAAUCUUACAGAUUAUUAAAAUGGGUUUCAACUCCAAGUACCAUAUCGAUGUGGACUUUGAGGUGCCCAAGAAGCUGCAAUGGUACUAUGCACCCGCCUUCUUUGGCUUCUGGUUUGUCAUUUACCUGUCGCUGGUCAACACCCAGAUCAAUCACAUGCCCACGCCGCUGUUACGCACCGAUGAGGCGUCUCAUCCACGAGAUUUCAUAGCACAGCGCGCGGAGGAUACCCUCAUUGAGUUGACACGGAUUGGUCCACGAGUUGUCGGCAGCAUUGCCAAUGAGGUAACCACCGUGCAGUUCUUCAGGGACGAAGUGGCCAAGGUGCAGGCGGAGGCGAACGAUCGCUUCGAGAUCGAGCUCGAUGUGCAGCAGGCGAGUGGCGCUUACAUGCACUGGACCAUGGUGAACAUGUACCAGGGCAUACAGAAUGUGGUCGUCAAGCUGAGCGAGAAGGGCAAUACGAAUGAAAACUAUCUGCUGAUCAAUAGCCACUAUGACUCUGUGACUGGGAGUCCGGGUGCUGGCGAUGAUGGCUCCAUGGUGGUGACCAUGCUAGAGGUGAUGCGCGUCAUUGCCAAGUCAGAUGAGCCACUGGCACAUCCCAUUGUCUUUCUAUUCAAUGGAGCCGAGGAGAAUCCGCUGCAGGCCUCACACGCCUUUAUUACGCAGCACAAGUGGGCCAAGAACUGCAAAGCCCUGAUCAAUCUGGACUCGGCAGGCAGCGGCGGUCGCGAAAUCCUUUUCCAAUCGGGGCCCAAUCAUCCCUGGCUCAUGAAAUACUAUCGCCAGGUGCCGCAUCCCUUUGCCAACACAUUGGGCGAAGAGAUAUUCCAGGCUGGUUUGAUACCAUCCGAUACUGAUUUUCGCAUCUUUCGCGACUAUGGCGGUGUUCCCGGCCUAGACAUGGCCUACAUUUUCAAUGGCUAUGUCUAUCACACCAAAUUCGAUCGAGUGAAUGUCUUUCCACGCGCCUCCUUCCAACACACCGGCGACAAUGUGCUGGCUUUGGCUAGGGCUCUGGCAAAUGCUCCCGAACUAGAUGACAUUGAAGCUCACGCCGAGGGUCACAAUGUCUUCUAUGACUUCCUAGGCUGGUUUAUAAUUUUCUACACAGCAACCACAAGCAUUAUUAUAAACGUGAUUGUCAGUGUGGUUGCGCUUCUGGCGAUUGGCAUCUCCGUGUACUUCAUGUCCGUCAGAUCCGGUUGUAGCUUGUCGGGCGUUUUGAUGCGAUUUGGUAUUAUAUUAGGCAUACAGCUGGUCUCUCUGGCUCUUGCUGCGGGCCUGGCUCUUUUGGUGGCGGUUUUCAUGGACGCUGUUGAUCGAUCACUGAGCUGGUUUACGGAGAUGUGGCUGAUAAUCGGUCUAUAUUUGUUUCCAAUUAUCGUGGGAAUGAGCAUUUUGCCCGCCCUCUAUCUGGAGAAGACUAAAAGGGAUCCGCUCAGCCUCGGAUUUCGUGUACAGCUCUUUAUGCACUCCCAUUGCGUUUGCUUAGUUAUUCUGAUUAUAGUUCUGACAUCCAUUAGCAUACGGUCGGCCUAUUUUAUAAUGUUGUGCGUGCUGUUCGAUAUUGUGGCGCUGGUUGUGAAUCUGGUUACCAAAUGGCAUCGCAAAGCUUAUUGGUUUGCCAUUGCCGUCAUGAUCUGUCAUAUACUACCCUUCACUUACUUCACCUACAUCUGCACGGUGGCACUUAAGACUCUGAUACCAAUGCAGGGUCGUUCGGGUGGCUCAUCUAAUCCGGAUUUAACCGUGGCCAUCCUAAUGUGGUUGUUUUCGCUCAUGUUUGCGGGCUUUAUUGUGCCACUCAUCAUGUUCUUCCGGAAGACGAGAACGAUAGUCCUGUGCUUCCUGGCUGGCACAAUAUUGUUCAUCAUUAUUGCAGUCACGGAUGCAGGCUUUCCAUACCAACCCAAGACAUCUGCGCAGCGCUACUCCUUGAUUUAUGCACAUCGAAUACUGCAUAAUGCUGAUGGUACGACACGCACUGAUGAGAGUGGAAUUUAUGUUUAUCCUCAGGAUCGACGGCUCAGCAUAGCCGAAGAUGAAAUCAAGACAAUCGGCCAGACACAUAAAGUCAGCGAGUUCUGCGAGGAGGAAAUGUUCUGUGGCAUGCCAUUAUAUAAUCAUCGUUGGCAUAAGGCCCGCGAAUAUAGUCUAUGGAUACCGGUUAACGAGCAGCCACAGAUACCGACGGCAUAUCCCACUUUGACUCUACAGGAAACCACAGAGUUGGAUGGCUCAACGCAAAGGCGAUUUAACUUUUCCUUGGAUGGUCCCGAUCACAUGACCAUCUUUGUGAAUGUAAAAAACAAUGCCAAGCUGCUGGAUUGGUCCUUCAAUGAGACGCUAAUAAAGGAAAAUGAGCCACCGCCACAUUUUGUGUACUUUUCCUAUGGUCUGGAUAAUAGUGCCCUUGAGUUCACCAUCGAUGUUGAGAAGACGACAUCAACGUUUGACACACCCACCCUGGAAAUAGGCAUUGGUGGUCAUUGGGUGCAUCAUGAAAUUGCAAGAUCUCAAGGCUUGGGCGCAUAUCUCGACCGCUUUCCGUCUUAUACCUAUGUACAAGCCUGGGUAGGCACCUACGAGAGCUGGUACUUCUAAAGAGGCCAUCAAUAGCAUUAAAAAAAAAAAAUAAAUAUAAUGCAUUUUGGUAUCAAAUACUAAACUAAUUCAAAAUUAAAUUAUAAUCACAUUGAUAGAAUCUGAUAAAUAUAUAUAAUUAGUAACAUGCUUUCGCAGUAAUGUGUAGUCUUACGAACAUGUGUAACAUGUGUAAAAAUGCAAUAUUUAUGUAGAUUUCUAAAAACUAACAAAAAAUAAAU